GUAUAGCGUGCCACGUUUUACCUCUCUCUCGUGGGCCAGUCUUCCUCAUCGAGUGUGGCGGACUACACCUGCCCUCGCUCACCUAGGCUCGCUCGCCAUCGCUGGGCAAAUCGGACUGACAAGUUUAAAUAGGCGUUUCCGAUCCCCUGCAUCAACUGACCCGUUCCCCGCAAAAGUGAAGUCACACCAUGUAGAAACCGAAGGGGAGGCGCCUCCAGCAAGUCGCACAGGCCUACCUCUCUGCCGCCUCCUGACCGGCGCACUCGGAGGAUGCUCCACGCGGCGCGGCAUACGGUGACGAGGGCGCGAGCGCGGGUGUGCGUGCGGCCGCAGGCGUGGUACGGUGGCCACAGGGUCUGGUAUGGGCUCCUCUUGUUAUGGCUCGUGGUAGCCGUGCACGUGACAGUACUCAACCGCCCUCGCGCCGCCCACCCAGCCCUCACCCGCGCCUGCUACGCCCAAAGCAACAAGGGAGCCCGUCUGGGGAACACCUGCUGCCGCAUGCUCAACUACACAAGGGGCGACGCGGCCGCCUGCGUCAAGAAUGCCGCCGCCGCUUUUUCGCUCAUGCAAAGCGCCAGUCCCCACUUCCACAGCCCCAACGAGUACUUGGUGCGCUUCAAACCCAACGCGAUGGUGCACGGCGGGUCGGGCGCUCCUCAACAGAGCUUCCCGGGAUGGGCGUGGGUGGUGGCAGGCGAUUCCCGGAUGCGCCAGAUCUUCAGCGCCCUCGUGACACGCCUCAGCAGUCCUAGGCUGAAGUACAAGAAGCCUUCGACCCGGGGUAAGUGGCGAAGUGUGCAUGAGCUCCUGGAACCUUUGAGAAUUGGCAAGCUACAUGAGGACAUUGAACUGUACCACAUGGACCUACCCCUGCGUCUGCUGUUCUUCUGGGACCCACAGCUGCUGCGAAUGCCCAAAAUGGUACAGGAAUGGACAUCAUACAACAGCACACCACCAUCACUUCUGGUCUUGGGUACAAGUUUACAUUGGAUGAAAGGUAAUCUGGACAAAUACAGAGCCAGUGGACCUGAAGCUGCCAUGGAAGACUUUCAGGAACAUAUGAAAACCUUCAUUCCACAGUUGGACCAGCUGGCAGCUUCUUCUCAUAUAGUCAUUCAACUGCAAGAUCACAUUCAGGAAUCUCAUAUCUACAGUGAGUACCAAGGCAUCUACUCCAACCAAAAUAUCGAGAGAUACAACAAUUACCUCAGAUCCAUCAUCUCCACUACAAAGCUAACUCUGUGGGAUAGCAACAUCCCUUUCUCCGAGGCUUAUUUCUCCGAGUGCAGGAAAAAUAACAGAAACAGCCUUAACAAAACAUGGAACUGUGACAAUCCCCUACAUACUGGUUAUAUUAUGGUUGAGGAAUAUGCCAAUAUGAUCCUUAAUGAUGUUUGCAACCCUUACUUACAAUUGGGUGAGACUUUCUGUUAAAUAGUCUUUGAUACUUUUCUUCGCUAAUAGUGAAUGUCUUGUUAAAAACCUAUAUAAAUAAAAGAAAUUAACUACUG